UUUCAUAUUCUUUAAUGGUGUGUUGUUCUUUCUUUUACAGCUUGUGUCCAAUGUCCUGAUCUUCUCCUGCACUAAUAUAGUUGGCGUGUGCACACACUACCCAGCAGAAGGCUCACAGAGGCAAGCCUUCCAGGAGACCAGAGAAUGUAUUCAAGCCCGUCUGCACUCUCAGAGAGAAAACCAGCAACAGGAACGCCUCCUCCUCUCUGUGCUUCCUCGACAUGUCGCCAUGGAGAUGAAAGCCGACAUAAAUGCCAAACAAGAAGAUAUGAUGUUCCACAAGAUCUAUAUUCAAAAGCAUGACAAUGUGAGUAUCCUCUUUGCCGACAUCGAGGGCUUCACCAGUCUGGCUUCACAGUGCACGGCCCAGGAGUUAGUGAUGACCCUCAACGAGCUCUUCGCACGAUUCGACAAACUGGCCGCCCUGACUGGGAUAGACAAGCCCUCCCUCCUGUCAGAUGAGUGUUUGCGAUCACGCUUCCCGCUGUUUUCCAGCUCAACUAUCUCCUCAUUAUCUCCACCAGUGGUGGUGGUGACUCAUCGCAGCCGAGUUGCCAUGCAUUCGUGCACGUACUCUGCUGCUGCAGAGAGAUGCUGCUCGAAGGGGAAACCAUCUGUUGUCUGUUCAGAUGUUUGCACACUUCACAAAACCUUCGAGCAAAAAGACAAAAAAGUGACUGUCAUAAGACCCGGUCCUGCUGCCGUGGGUCCUGUGCCCAGCCUGAGGCUUCCUCUGCUCUCCACUGCCAACCGGCCCAGCGCCCCAUCACAGGAAGAGACCAUUUUUCCGCAGACUUGCCUGUCGUCCUCAAUGCGUAUUCAUAUCACCAAGGCCACCCUGAACUAUCUGAAUGGUGAUUAUGAUGUAGAACCUGGAUUUGGUGGAGAAAGAAACGUCUAUCUCAAGAAGCACAACAUUGAAACCUACCUCAUAGUGGGCUGCAGUCAGAAGCGGAAAGAAGAAAAGGCAAUGAUUGCUAAGAUGAACCGUACCAACUCAGUCACGCAUAAUAGCACUCACUGGACAGACCGGCCCUUCUACAAUCACCUGGGUGGCAAUCAGGUUUCCAAGGAGAUGAAGAGGAUGGGAUUUGAGGAUCCCAAAGACAAAAACACACAAGAAAACCUGAACCCUGAGGAUGAGGUGGACGAGUUUCUGGGCCGUGCCAUUGACGCUCGAAGCAUCGACCGAUUACGGUCCGAACAUGUCAAGAAAUUUCUGCUGACGUUCCGAGAACCUGACCUGGAGAAGAAGUACUCCAAACAGGUAGACGACAGGUUCGGAGCAUACGUAGCCUGCGCCUCCCUCGUCUUUUUAUUCAUCUGCUUCAUUCAGAUCGUCAUUGUGCCACACUCUGGGUUGAUGGUUGGCUUCUAUAUGUUGUGCCUCGUCCUCCUGAUGGCUGUCAUGUUCAUCUCAGCCAUUUACUCCUGUUUUGGGUUUUUCCCUGUGCCUCUGCAAACUCUGUCAAAAAGGAUUGUUCAGUCCAGACUCAACAGCACCCUGGUGGGGGUUUUUACAAUCGUCCUGGUCUUUCUCUCCGCUUUCAUUAACAUCUUCACCUGCAGUACGGAUGACCUGAAGACAUGUUUAGGGCAGGAGUUUAACAUCAGCCCCAGUGAUGUGAAUGCUUGCCAUGUCGGCAGCUCUUCCUUCAACUACACUCUCUGGUCUCAGGACAGCCUCUGCAACAGCUUGUCACCCGCCUGCAAUUUCCCAGAGUAUUUCUCGUCAUGUGUGCUGCUCAGUUUACUGGCCUGCUCAGUGUUCCUACAGAUCAGCAGUAUUGGUAAACUCUUCCUCAUGCUCUUCAUUGAGAUCCUGUACGUGCUUAUCAUGGAGGUGCCUGAGGUCAGCCUUUUUGACAACGUGGACCUACUAGUCAUGGCCAAUGCCAUAGAGUAUAUUAAUGGAACAAGCUGUGCGAUAGACACCCGGGUUCCUCUAAAGAUCAUGACUCCAGUUGUCAUCACAGUUUUUGUGCUGGCUCUCUACCUUCAUGCACAGCAGGUGGAGUCUACAGCCAGACUAGACUUCCUCUGGAAGUUACAGGCCACAGAGGAGAAGGAGGAGAUGGAAGAACUUCAGGCCUACAACCGUCGGCUUCUCCACAACAUCUUGCCCAAAGAUGUGGCCGCACACUUUCUGGCGCGCGAGCGGCGGAAUGACGAGCUGUAUUAUCAGUCGUGUGAAUGUGUGGCUGUCAUGUUUGCCUCUAUCAGCAAUUUCUCUGAGUUCUACGUGGAACUGGAGGCCAAUAAUGAAGGUGUGGAGUGCUUGAGACUACUCAACGAGAUCAUCGCUGACUUUGAUGAGAUCAUUAGUGAGGAUCAGUUUCGUCAACUAGAAAAGAUCAAAACCAUUGGCAGCACCUACAUGGCCGCAUCUGGGCUUAAUGACUCCACUUAUGAUAAAACAGGAAGGUCACACAUUCGCGCUCUAGCCGACUACGCUAUGCGCCUCAUGGACCAGAUGAAGUACAUCAAUGAACACUCGUUCAAUAACUUCAAAAUGAAGAUCGGUCUCAAUAUAGGUCCCGUCGUGGCUGGUGUCAUAGGGGCUCGUAAACCGCAAUAUGACAUAUGGGGGAAUACUGUGAAUGUAGCCAGCCGUAUGGACAGCACUGGGGUACCUGAGAGAAUACAGGUCACAACUGACCUCUACCAGGUUCUCAGCUCCUAUAACUACACACUGGAGUGCAGAGGCGUUGUGAAAGUCAAGGGCAAAGGAGAAAUGACAACCUACUUCCUAAAUGGAGGACCCAACAGCAGUUAACACUCAACGUCUAAUAUUCAGAACAUUUUUGAGAUGAUAUGAGGACAUGACGCUGUGGGCCGGGCCUGCCAGGCUGUUGAAGGGCAUCCUCUUGGACCAAUCACAAUAGGAUUUGUUCGGAAACAGCCCUCAGCCAGUCUAAGAGUGGCCUCUUUGCACACUGAGACUUCCUAUAGGAUUAACAGAGGGCUUUGGCCCCUUUAUUUAAGGCAUGGAACAGCUCAGAAAGACGGUUCAUCCUCAGAGACCAAAGAAACAAAGGAAUCUCAAGGCAUACAAAGCAGUUCUCCCAGUCUUAUAUUUCUUAUAUUGCCAAGAGAGGACAGAUGAACUGCAUUCUCUGCACCUGGCUUUGGCGCUCUCAGGUGUGGCUGGACUGCGAUCAUACACCACCGAGUGGUCCUGGUGGCUCCAUAACAACUGCAUGAACACUGAAGCCAGUAUACCUGUAAAACACAUGUUUUAUGUGUAUAUGAUUCAUCAGUGUAUGUAAAGAGUUCUGUUCAUAUGGUCUUGUCACGUUCAACACUGUCUAGGUGAUAUCACAGUAUAGAGAUAUCACAAUGAGCUAAUAUAUGGUAGAAGGCCAUAGUGAGCACAGUAGCUCUGCAAACCCUUUAUGGUUUCCUGAACUUUGCUGCAGCGACUGUGGUUGUACUGGUAAGGGAGCGAGCAUUGACAGUGUUAUCUCUGAAUGAUCUAGAGUUGAGAAUUAAGCCCCGUUCAUGCCGCCGCCGACUUGAAACGACCCAACGUCAUUCAUUUUCAGUGUUGGGAUUUGCUCAGGUCCAAUCUGAUGGAGCAUGUCAAUCUGUCUUCAGUCAGAAACUUUAGUCAAGAAUCAUUUCGACUAAAUUCUGUCCUUACAGUCAGCAAUUUAUGUCUUUAAUCAUGUGCAGGGUCAGUAUUUAAAAAACGAUGCAUAUGACAAUUAAAUGUACGUGGACCCAAAUAGGCCAGCGUUUAUGCUUUCGGCACAGAUAAAUUGACCGCCCACAUUGACAAAGAGCACGCACUGAUUCUUGUUCAUCUUUAAUAUGAUGCUUAAUGCACUGUUACAACUUAAAUACAAAAAUACAUUUUUCUUCCAGAAUGUUCAUUUUAGCAGUGUAAACUAGUUUGUUGUCAAUAAGAAAUGAGACUAAACAAGUAACCAACCAGUAUGGUGGAUGGUGUGACAUGCAAGUCGCUAGUGGCAUGAACAGGACAUGUGACACAAAUUUACAUUCUCAAAACUACAGACACUUGUAUACACUGAAGACACUUUUAAGGACAGAGGAAAACAGUCAAAUAUGGCUGUUUUUGUAUUUUUAACAUUUUAUAUUUUGACUCCAAAAGCCAAACUGUCAAUGCUAUUUUAGAUUAUAUAUUUUAUACAUUAAUGUAUUAGAAUGCUGUCUAUAAAUACACACACACACAUAAUAUAUACACAUACACACACACACAUAAUAGAACACUACAAUCCUGCACAUUUGAACAGGAGGGAGAGGUUUUUAAGUGUAAAUUAUCAGUCACCCUUUUCUGUCGCUGCAUCCGUUUGGCUAAAAUCAGUAGCUAGCCUUGUAACCAAGUAAGCAGAAUAUGUUUGGCCUUUCUCCAAAAAGGAUUUCUGUAUCCUGUCAAGUACACUACAAUGUAAUUAUGAGUAGAAAAUGGAUUUGCAGGAGGCGAAAUGAGUGUUUCAGAACAGCCACAGUCGUUUAAAGCUUGGCAAACACAUCUGCAAAUAUUGAUUUUAGCCUUGCGUUUACAGUGCGUGGGACAACGAGUUGGGAUCCUGUUGGAAUGAUUCCGUUAUGCCACAAAUCUUCACCAUUUUUGCACUGCAGCUCGACCAGCAGUUUCUUCUCUCUCUCAGUUCAGUCUGAUGGUACAACCCAAUGAAUGUCCAUUUUAUCCAAUGAGGCCUUUGUAUGUAAGAAUUGGAGUGUGUACACAAACUGUGUACAAGCAACUUUUUUCCCCGCUUUACCUAUUUCAGAUACAGUCAAGUAGGAUUAUGAUAUACAUUAAUGUGUUGGAAAAUAAAUCUGCAUUUUCUGAAACGUGUUAUGAAACAGUAAAUUAUAUUUGGUCCUGUUCUAGCUUCUCAAAACUUGGACCCAGCUGGGCUUCCCGAGUCAUUAGGUCUUUAUUUUCCUCAAGAAAAUUACUGCC